AUGGCGGAGAGCCUGAAUCCUUUCGAAGGAACUGAUUAUAUUGAGUCUGAGAUACAAAACACUAGCACCGAAGAGCCUGUAAUCUCUGAAGUGCAUGUAACUCCAGAGUCAACAGAAGUGUCCUGGGAUGCGAUUGCCACUAAACUUUUAAAGGACAAUUACAUUUUGACAGCUCUCGAGUUACACACUGAGCUUGUAGAAUCGGGAAGAGAGCUUCCUAGAUUGAGAGACUACUUCUCAAAUCCAGGCAACUUUGAAAGAACAAAAGAGGACACGCCCUCACCGACAUUACCUCGGACUUCAAGUGUACAGACCUUUGAUUCCCUGGACUUUGCCCGCUAUUCUGAUGAUGGGGAAAGACAAGUUGAUGAGAGAGUUGCUGUUUUAGAAUUUGAAUUACGAAAGGCACAGGAGACAAUAAAAUCUUUACGAGCUACUCUAACAAGGGAAGCAGAAAAUGAGAUUGUGUCCCCUGACACAGAGAAGAAUCUUGCAGGUGGCGUUAGUGUUGAGGACAACAUCAAGCCUCUCGAACAGCGAGCACUCAACUUCCUAGUGAACGAGUACCUCUUGCUCAAUGACAACAAGAUCACCUCAGUCACAUUCUCAGAAGAGAAUGAGGAGCAAGACUUUGAGGACUGGGAUGACGUGGGACUGAACAUACCACGGCCUCCAGAUCUCCUGCGAUUAUUCCGUGACUAUGGCAACCAUAUCAUGCCAACCAAGGAGACACAGGAAGUGGCCUGUGAGGCGGACUUGGAGGAUGAAGACUUCCAGGAGCGGCAGCAGGACUGGCAGCUGAUCCGAGAACAAAUGGAGAGCAAGAUCUCAGAGCUUGAGGACCAAGUCCAGAUGAUUGCACAAGAGAACGAUGUUCUGUCCCAGCAAGUCAGUAUACUCAAGAUGUCACCUCUAAAGAACACUCCGAUGAAUCACUCCACACCUGUAGCUCACAAGGUUGAGCCUGCCGUGACCAGUUCCUCGACACAUAAUGGCCAGCCAGUCAGUGACAGCCAUGAAGAAUCACAGCCAAACACAGAUCCUAGUGUGGAGGAUACGUCUGGCCAGUCAGACUCUCUGAAUCUCGAGGCACCUGCCAUAACCCAGAACCAUAUAGGAGAUGAAGCUGAUGGGCAUUCAGGGGGAGAUAACUGUGUCGCCUACUGUGAUCGUGUCGAUGGGGAUGGUUUGUCUGUAGAAGGAGAUGCUACCGUCGCAGAGAAAGUGACAGACAGGAAAAUGUCUGCAGCAUUUAGAAAAGCUUUGCAGGAACUGGCUUUCCAUGUUUCCAGGGAUAACAGGAUUGUUGCUGAGAUGUCCAAGAUGAGUGAAGGGGAAGGAGUUGUGUCCAUGUUGGGCCGAUGUCUCCCCCAUAUCGUCCCCAACGUCCUCCUGGCCAAACGAGAGGAACUGAUCCCCCUCAUCUUGUGCACAGCCAUGUUACAUUCAGACUCAAAGGAGAGAGACAGACUUCUAAACAUUCUCUUUAAUCUCAUCAAGAAGCCAGAUGAUGAACAAAGACAAAUCAUCCUGACAGGGUGUAUAGCAUUUGCUCAACACGUGGGUCCGACCCGACUGGAGACGGAACUACUGCCUCAGUGCUGGGAGCAGAUAAGCCACAAGUAUGUGGAGAGACGACUGCUAGUGGCAGAAGCCUGUGGAGCUCUUGCUUCAUACCUCUCGCAUGAGAUCCGCAGUUCGUUGUUGAUGUCCAUGCUGACGCAAAUGCUGCGUGACGACAAGGAUGACGAUGUGCGGGAAGCUGUGAUCAAGAGUCUCGGACUUCUCACUGGUUUUAUCUGUGAUACUGACAAGUUUGCUCAGGGAUCUGAACUACUAAAGAUAGGGCUGCGCGAUUCAUCGGAGAAAGUGCAACAAGCCACUCUGCACGUGUUCCUGCCGUCGUUCGCUGCCUGGGCGUAUGAGCUGGGUCGGCUGGAACACGAACUCCUGCAUUCUGUGUUGCGUGACCUGGAGGAAAUAGUUAAGGGUGCUCUUGUGAUACAGAAAACUACAAACAGCACGACACUUCCUCUUGAUGAGAGCCGCUUCUUGAUCCUUCUGAAAGAAUUGACAGAGUUGCUCCCCUUCCAAUUUGUUUCCGUCCUUGAAAGUGGUCCAUUUAUCAAACACCUUGAAUCAAUUAGUGAAGAUGUUGAUGACAUUGACAUGUCCAGAUUCCCGAUGCCCAACUGUCCACUGUCCGACCUGAGUGUCAUUCUGGGAGGCAAGCAAGAGUUGUCUACCCUUGUCCACCUGUACACAGAGCACCUGUCACAAGAAUGGUUUGAACCUUGGGAACAGCUCAACUGGGUUGUAAAUAAUCUACUGGCCAGGAUCCUGGAGGUUACCAUGGGCGUCGGCCUCUCCAUGCAGAAGGUGGUCAAUGCCUUGUGUAAAUAUGUCUUCCGGCUAUGUCGAACAUUUGGGAAAACCUUCACUGAUAAGAAGGUGAAACCAAAGUUUGAGGAGCUUGUAGUUCUACCUGAAGAGCAGCUAGAUCACCAAGUUAACCUGGGACACACGGCCAUCACCACCUGUGUUGUACCAGUGUAUGCAGUUGGAGUCCUUACAUCUUUCAGCUCAGAGGAGGACAGGAAACAGCUGGAAGAGUUCCUCACUCAGGUGUUAUGUACGCUGGCAUUUUGCCAGGCUCCCCUCGACAGUUUAAAGGCAACACUUCUUGAACUCAGUUCAAGUGAGGGCAACCAUGAAUUGUUACUGACAGUUCUGUGGUGUGGGGUUGUACACACGUCUGCUCCCGUCAGAGCAACGUCAGCCAUCUUGUUUGAGCUCCUGAUUCAGAACCUAAAUGAUACAUUCAUCUCCACACGGGUUGUGCCCACUCUAGUCACUCUCGCCAAUGAUCCAGAAAUCUCAGUUAGAAUAUCCACCAUUCCUUCCCUUGGCGCCAUCAUAGAACAUGUGUCAAUACGAGAGGUGUUGGACCGGGUGUACAUGCAAAUACAGACAUUCUUCGACGACCCCGUGUACCGAGAACAGCACGUCGUCCACGUGGAGUUGAUCCGCACAAUGGCGCAUGUCGGACCAAACACAGAGCCGAAGUUCAGAGAUGAAUUUAUUCUUCCCCGCCUGGCAGCAAUGGCGAUGGCCAACAAUAACGUGACCAAUGAGACGAAGAAGAUGGACAUCGCCAUGCAGCUGUUUGAAGCCUACAGUGCCAUGUCUUGUUGUUUCCUCAAUGACCAGCUCAUCCAGGAGGCCAUGUUGCCCGGUCUCCGAUGUCUUCGGCAGGACAUGGCCAUCAUCGCACCUGACCACGAGGAAGUCGUUGCAUCCAUGGUCCGCGACUACGAGUCCAAGAUGGAGGGAGCUCGUCCCGGGGACAGGAGCCUGGGCUUCUCCUCGUCACCAGGGAAUCAGCUGGGUUCAGCAGCAGACGAUAUGAAGUCCAGGGUCAUGUCACGCAUCAAGGACACCACAUCCAAGGCCAAUAUCUCCAACAUAUUCACACGCAGGAAGUGAUGUCACGGGCACCCUGCAGGUCCGCAGCAAUCAUUCACAUGUAAACUUCUGUGUGUGGCGCACCAAUGACAUUCAAAAUGGCAGCAUAUGAUGCUCAGCCACAGUUGAUAUAUGUACACUUAGACCUUGAGAAAACACAUCAGAUCUUACAGGUAUAUUUUAGGAAUAUUUUAAUGCAACAAAUGAGUAAAGUUUUCUUUGAAGGAAAUGUCUUAUUUGGUCUGAGUUGAGAUAGAGGCUGUUAGUUGCAGAUGCCUAGAAAUAGUUUAAUGUUAAGAUUGUUUUAAUGACAGUGCAGCAAAUUUCAAACUGUACAUGUGAUUUCUGUUCAAACUGUCCUGUACAGACUGGAAUGUGUUAACAUCUCAAAUAAAUUAUAAUUGUAAAUAUGUUAGUGGUGAGAAACAUGGAAACACAUUUGUCCAAUACAAGUCUGUGUCUGCCUUGUAUUGAACUGUAGCUUGUAACAGCCCAGUUAUCAAUACUGCCCGACUUGUCUGACAUCAUCCCAGUUUUAUCCUUGUAUAAGCCAUGUAUCAACCUUAAGUAAGCCCAGUUUCAAGUAUCAGAAAUGAGCCUCAUAUCAACCAAGUAUCAACCUUCUGUCUGCCUCUUUAAAGUGUUUUAGUUGAAGCCAUCUAAUAGUCCUGUAACAGCCUUGAUAAUUCCAAUAUCAGUACUGUGUUAAUGCUUAAAGAAGUGCUGUAUCACCUAUGUAAGCCCUGUGUCAGUCUGGUACCAGUUCCGUUUCUGGUGUCCCCCACCAUGAUAUUCCUGGAAUAUUGCUGAAAACGACCUAAAACCCAACUCACUGACUCACUCUAGUACCAGUUCAGUGUCAGGUAUGAGCCCAGUUAAAGCCACGUGUAAGCCCAUGUGUCAACCUUGUAUAGGCCCAGUGUCAGUCUUGUAUCAGCUGUCUCACCAUCCCCCAGACAUUCCAGCUGAUAUCGUCUGUGUUAUAUAUACUCUGUAUCAGUCCUGGUAUUAAACUGUAAUCAGUCCAUAGCUCCUGUAUCGAUGAGGUAUGAGUCCAGUAUCACCCAAGUAGCAUCCAUAUUGGUACAUAUACACACUGUCAAUAUAUAUAUGAUAUCCCC